AUGCCGCCCAAGGCGCCGACUGUUGGGAGCCUGCGGACUGAGAAAGGGCUUGCGGAGCUCAAUGAGCUGCUUUCAUCCAGGUCUUAUGUUGGCGGCACGAUAUUUGCUACAGCAGAGGACAUGACGUUUUUUGCCCAAGUUCCUUCUCGGCCAGAUCGACAGAAGUACCCCCACCUGCUGAGAUGGUACAACCAUAUCGCGGGAUUGCGAGCCCGUCAUGCUCCAUACCACGUUUGGCCAGGGCAGACGAAGACCUCGCAGGACAGCGAGCCAGCAGGACAAGAGACAAAGAAGGGGCCGCGUGCACCUGGCAAAGAGAAGCAGGUUCUGCCCUUCGACUGUAAGGUCGAGCCUGUCGAGGAUCGGCGCCAGGUCCAGGGAGACGAUUCUGUGAAACGAGGGGCAGGGGGCAAGUGCUUCCCCUCCGCCGAAAAAGGUCCCCACGGGCGGUACUACAUCACGACCGCCAUUAACUAUUGCAACGGCUGGCCACACAUAGGUCAUGCCUAUGAGGCACUCACCUCAGACGUUUUUGCGAGGUACCAUCGACUGCUCGGGCAGGAUGUGUUCUUCAUGACAGGUGCUGAUGAGCAUGGGCAGAAGAUUGCCCAAGCUGCAGAGAACGAGGGCCUCCAGCCCCAAGAGAUCUGCGACCGCUACUGCCUUGGCUUCAGGGCGCUAAACCAGCGCUUAAAUGUGUCAAACGAUUUCUACGUUCGCACGACUGCCGACCGCCACAAAGUUGUUGCAAGGUCAGUCUGGGAUAUUUGCAAGAAGAAGGGGGACAUCUACCUCGACCGCUACGAGGGUUGGUACAUGGUGCGCGAGGAGCGGUUCAUCACGGACCAGGAGGCGCAGGAGUUCAAUUUUAAGGACCCCACCUCCGGAGCACCAUUGAAGAAGAUGUCUGAGCCCAGCUUCUUCUUUCGCCUCUCGAAGUACCAGGAGAAGGUGAUCAAGCUGAUCGAGGACCGGCCGGAGUUCAUUCAACCAGCUCAGUACAGAGGAGAGAUCCUGGAGCGGCUGAAAUCCAUCGAGGCCCCCGGAGCCCUGAUCGCAGCUGUUUGGAGUGUUACAGCAAACAACAAAACGGUCGAGCCUCCGGCAUCCGGACGUCAGAGGAUCCUCAUCGUGGGAGCCGGCGUGACAGGCUCCAUGCUGGCCUUGCUCGCCAAGGACAUGGGACUCUCCGUGCGCGUGCUGGAGAAAUCGCGUGGUGCCGGCGGCCGGAUGGCGACCUACGGCUACCGUCAUGGUGAUCGGUCUUCCCCAUUGCUUGCACAAGCAGAUCUUGGGGCACAGUAUAUUACAACCAGAAGCUCGCCAGACCAUCCAGUUCUGGGUCCGCUCUACAAGCGCCUUCUCGAUGCCGGCGUGCUGAAGCCUUUCACCGCCGAGAUUGCAGGUCCAAAUCCGUAUGGAGCUGCAAGUUCAGAUGUGCGACACUUUACAGCUCCGAAUGGAUUGAAAUCCGUCUCGCAGUAUCUGCUGGAGUCAUCAGGUGUGCCCGUGGAUUGGGGAGUAGCGGUGGAUGACUUGACCCUGUCAGAGACCGGGGAGGUCUCCGUGUCAGUGAAGGAGGGGUCGCUGCCUGCAGACGCUGCGGCAGCCAGCGUUGUGGUCUUGACACAGCCGCCCCCACAAGUCUUGGGGGCCAGCAAGUUUGGCAUGCGCGGCAGCUUUCUGCAGCACACACCAGAGACGAUCUCGACAAGCCUCAAGAAGGUGGAGUACUCCUCGCGCUUUGCUGUGGCAUAUUUCUUUGACAAAUCUAAGGUUACUUGGCCUUUCACGUGGACUUGCCAGUAUUUCGACAAGGGCGACGUCCGCUAUGUGGCGCAUGAUUCAGCAAAGCGACACUCUACGCACGAGACAAUGAUCUCUGUACUGGUACACAGCGGGGUUCCCCUGGGCAUCGAGCUUCAGGAUGAGGAGGAUCCCUUCCCAACGGCCGCCGCGCGGCUGCAGCGGGACCUCGAGGCGAAGCUGCCUGAGCUGCCUUGGGCUGGAGCGGAGGGAUCGAAGGUCCACAAGUGGAAGUACAGCCAGGUCUACAAAGGCUUUGGUGGUGCAAGGCUUGCACCUGACUGGGCCUGGCCUGUGGAGGAAGCCAAGGAGGCAGCGCCUGGCUGCGUCCCCCUCUUUCGGACAGACAAGUCCCUGGGCCUUCUUUGCGGAGAUGCCAUGGCUCCUGCGGGCAAUUUCGAAGGCGUGGCGAGCCUGCAAUCAGUUGUGCAGGUGGAUGUCCAAAUUUUGAGGGGAUCCAUGAACAAAGCGGCUUGCGAAAGCAAAGAGUGCUUCGUCAGCUGUCCAGAAGACUUGGUUGACGGCAAGAGACACGUUAUGUAUGUUUGGUUCGAUGCCCUCAUCAACUACCUCAGCGGCAUUGACGGGAUCGAUCCCAAGAAACCGCUGAGCAGAUUCUGGCCUGCCAACAUGCACAUCGUCGGCAAGGAUAUCCACUGGUUUCACACGGUUAUCUGGCCCGCGAUGCUCAUGAGCUCAGGCAUUCCACUGCCCAAGAGCGUGGUUGUGCAUGGUUUCAUUGCCGGCGCUGAUGGCCGCAAGAUGUCCAAGAGUCUGGGGAACGUCGUGGACCCACAUGACAUGCUGGACAAGUUUCCGUGCGAUACCCUGCGAUGGUACUUCUGCCGCGAGGCGGCCUUCGGGGACGAUGUCAGGUUCAGUGAGGACUCCCUCCGCCUGAUGCACAACGCCGAGCUCUGCGACAACCUGGGAAACUUGGUGAAUCGUGCGGUGAACCUCAGCGGCGGCUCCGUGCCCCGCUGUGACGUCGAGGUGUCCCUGCCUUUCGACCUCAAAGAGCUGAAAGCCUCGGUCUCCGAGGCUUUCGAAGCCUACCGGCUUUCGGACGCGGCCGACUUCACUGUCCGGGCGGCAGCGGCAACGAACAAGUGGAUCGCGGACCUGGAGCCCUGGAAGAUGAAGGCAGAGGAUCAGAAGGCACGUCGGAGUGCAUGCCUCCGCAAGCUGCUAGAGGCGGGACCAGCACUAGCGGCAGUGUCGGUAUGGCCCGCAGAUCCCAUGGUGUUUCAGCUCGACCUGAUUCGCGACGAAUGCAUCCCUGGCCAGGCGGUCUACGUUUUGGCCCACUUCUUUGCCCCCUUCAUCCCUGUAGCUGCGGAGGUGCUGCCUUCCUGCUCCAAGACAGCUCAAGAAAACUCCAAAGCCCGUCUGCUCGAAAGCACUCCCGUAGAGGCGAUCUUCGCGAAAGUGGGCCAGCCUCCGAGGCAGCGGGAUCCAGUGGGGGAAAUCAGGGCAGAUCUGGCGGUUUCACCUCUGCGUCACAGGCCCAUCCCCGAGUUGCGCGAUGACUUCGCCAACCUUGAGGACGGCAAGGAGGCGCCGAAGCUAAGAUCCGCCACGGCCUCCCCGGAGCUGAAGCUCCUCGCGUUUUUGGUUCAGGUCAAGGCCACCUCCUUGCUGUUUGAACAGCUGGAGGUGAAGAAGGUAGAUGUGGAUGCCGCGACGGAGAAAAAGGCUGAAGCAAAAGCCAAAGCCGACUCGAAAAAGAAGUAA